GUGAAGUUGAAAGUUGGCACUACUUUUUGGCGGUUAACAGAUCAAAGAGAACAUAUCUUGUUUAGAAUUUAAUCAGAAAAACAUCUUGAAUUUAGGAUUUAUUUUCAGCUUAUACGAAGAUGCCAGUAGAUCAAAUUCAGUAUUCUGAAAAGUACUGCGAUGAUAAAUAUGAAUACAGACAUGUCAUAUUGCCAAUUGAUAUAGCCAGACAUGUACCAAAGACUCAUCUUAUGACAGAAACAGAAUGGAGAAAUUUAGGAGUUCAACAGAGUCCCGGAUGGGUUCAUUAUAUGAUGCAUGGACCAGAACCACAUGUUCUAUUAUUUCGCAGACUGAGAACCGAUCUUCUACCAGCUAGAUGUGCUAUUUCACAGAGAGAACAUGUGUGUUGUAUGGAAUGUAAAUAAACUUGGAAUAACGAUUAAAUGUGAGAUUAUAUACGAAUGUAACAAGUAAGAUAUACAUAUAUAUUGAUUUAUAAUUUACUACAUUUAUAAGUGUAUGUUAAAGAUAAUUAUUAAAUGAGCAUAGAAAUUAAA